AAGGCACCUGGAGCUGAUCUCAGGGUCAGAGCAUCGGCCGCCAACGGCUUUUGGGAGCCAGUCCUGCAAGCCGACGCGUCUUGCUUUUGUAAAUGCAGAACUGGGGCUGCUUGGCGCCAGGGUGCUCCUCUCUUGACAGAAAUUAAUUCAUUCUUUCUUUGAGAACUGAAUGCCACCUUUGUCUCUCCUAAAAUCAGUACAGGCUUGAGUUCAGUCAUUCCAAAGGUGGUAGCCAAAAAUCAGGAAGAGGCUUGCAGCCGCUUUUACAACUUUUAUUCAACUUUCUGGCUGGCCUUGCAGCGAUUUGUAAAUCCCUCUGGCUUCAUAACUGGGCAGGCAAAACGUAUUCAGCCAUGGUUUCCUGCUGAUUGCUGCACUGAUGUCCACUUGUAGAGUAUCCUCAGCUCAGUCUGAGUCCAUGUGGCCGGAUGGUUCAGGUAGCUGCCGGCUGGCAGAUUCAACUUUAACUCCAUUCAUCCUCCAAGAGUUAAGCCCUCUGCCUAGCCUCUUGGCUGCAGUCCAAUCUUUGUUGGGCUGGCACUUGUUUUUGUCAUUCAGUUCUCCCGGUUGUGACCAUUUCUGGUCUAGUCCGUGGCAACACCUACCUCCAGGAGCUCCCCAACUCUGAUUUUCUAUUUCCUGUUCCCAGCUUCGCAGUUCAACUUCGGAAAUUUGGCCUCCACAAGGAUGGGGACUGGAUGAGCCACCAGGCACUCGAACCUAAAUGCCUAUUUCAACCGAGGAGGUAACGUCUUUCUUCAUCUCUUUCAGUUUCCAAAAUCCCAAAAGGCUUUUCACCUGGAUUUCUUUGUUCAGAAGCUCUCUGAUCUCUUUGCUCUUUUGGUCAUCCUCACAAUAAGGAUAGCAUAUCAGUAAGUGCUCAGCUUCGAGCCCCAAGUGGGCUGGGUGAAGGGACCUGCCUCCUUGCUAGGUGGGUGACUGUGGAUUUUCUUAGCUGCUUUUAAUUUUUUCAUAUGAAUCUACUUUUAUUUGUAUAAUAAAAUAAUUGGUCUUCUGCCCAGAGUUGCUAUUAAGAUGAGCAGCUAAAUGAAUGGAUUAAUUUGGUCACCACAAUCUUAAAAAAGAUGCUGAGACUCUAGAAAGAGUGCAGAGAAGAGCAACAAAGAUGAUUAGGGGACUGGAGGCUGAAACAUAUGAAGAACGGUUGCAGGAAUUGGGGAUGUCAAGUUUAAUGAAAAGAAGGACCAGAGAUGACAGAAGGGCAGUCUUCCAAUAUCUCAGGGGUUGCCCCAAAGAAGAAGGGGUCAACUUAUUCUCCAAAGCGAAUGAAAUCAAGGAGAGAAGCAGCCUAGAACUAAGGAGGAAUUUCCUGAUAGUUAGAACAAUUAAUCAGUGGAAUGACUUGCCUCCAGAAGUUGUGAAUGCUCCAACACUGGAAGCUCUUAAGAAGAGACUGGACAACUAUUUGUCUGAAGUAGUGUAGGGCUUCCUGCCUGAGCAGGGGGUUGGACUAGAAGACCUCCAAGGUCCCUUCCAACUCUUUAUUCUGUCAAAUAAACGAAUGAAUGAAUGAAUAAAACAAACCAUGGCAACGUCUUCCUCUAAUUCUUCCUAGGUCUUUGUGUCCAGAUCUUCAACUUCCAUGCCUCUGGCUGCCACUGGCAUUUCCACAACAGCAGCAGGGAUGGUUUCAUCAGAGUCCUCACCAUUUCUGUCCAUCGGCCAGUUCUCUGGCCUCCUAACAUUGGACAACUGCCCUGUGUCUCCUCUGGAAGACCCGCCUUUGCCUCUUCUUGUGUCGGGGAGAUCCUCAAGUUGCCAAGCUCUCCUCUUUUGUUGAUUCUUUUGAGUAUUUCCCCAUCUCCCUGGAUCUUAUAUCCAUUAAACCGACUGGUAUCGAGGGAGGGGCGGGGGAAAGGCAUGUGUUAGGUUUCUGCAAUUGUUUGCACUGUAAAACCGAUCUGGAACAGGCAGCAGAGAACUGCAGAGGGAGUAUUGCCUGGUGGGAUGAGAUCCUGAGGCUUUACUCUCCGCUGGCUCUGCUCUCCUCAGAGGGAGCCACGCUCGCUUUUUCAUCCUUUGCGUGGUGGCUCCUGUGUGCCAGUUGCAGAUCCAGUCACGGUACCUUCUCCCAUUAAAGGAACACGAGAAAGAGAAGCUCUCUUAAACAGAGGCGCCUUGCAGUAGGUCAAUUAGAAACAAGCCAGGCAGAGCAUAUGAAGACACUUCCUCUCGUGGCCAAGGAUGGUCCGAGAUUCCCAGGAGCCAGGAUCUCCGGCGCUCUUCUCCUGUCCAGAAUGACCUGCUCUGGUCCACGCAAGAGUCCAGGCGGCUAUGCACUUCCAAUAAAUCAACACGCUUGGCUGAAGAUGCCCCCACCUGACCUGCUUCAGAGGACAAAUGGCUUCUUUGUCGAACCUAUUGCUGAAAGACAUUAUGAGCUCACGCUAAAAGAUUUUGACCCAUUUUUCCCCCUUCAUUUUCUCUUGCCCAACACCUCUUCAGGUGUUUGAAGGGGGCUGUCAUAGCCGCCCUCCCACUUCUCAAGGCUAAAGAAGACUCUCCCUUCAGGGAUUCCCCUGUUCCAGGCCUCCGGUCAUCUCCGAUGCUCUCCUCCCAAAGUCAUCUCCUCCGGUCAUCUCCUUCCUGCUUCUCCUCCCAAAGUCAUCUCCUCCGGUCAUCUCCUUCCUGCUCCUCUUCUCUGCAUCCUUUUGAGAUUCUGGUCCUCAGGACAUUUCCAACCUAAUCCAAUCCAAACAGACUGGACCUUUUCCCAUUUGGAAACAAUCCCUAGGCAUCCUGAAUCCACAGCCAUUUUUCACAGCCCUGUAAGACUAAGGAAUCUUUCUGUCAACUAUCAUUCAGAUAUCUCUCUGCUGACCCCCAGGUCUCCCCUUCUGCCCCCUCAGCUGCAGCCUCGCUUGGCCCACGGUGGCCAGUCUCAAGUUGGGUGUCCAUCUUCCGCUCUCUUGGUUCCCAAACCUAGAAGGCAGAGCAGGGGCAUGACGGGGGGGGUUUUUUGGGGGGAGACGCUUUCCUUUUCCAUUCUCCCAGCUCAGUUCAAGUUGCCGUCGGUCAUUCACGGCCAGAGGGAGCUCCGGCCCCGCCUGCCUUUGGGCUGCUAUCAGCAGAUCCACCGCCAUUCAGGGCCCUGCAUUUGCUGCAGCCGAGCAACCCUGAGCGGCAUCUGGGCGCCAGGCCUCGUGCGACCGGAUGUUUCUGCUGCCCAUCUGGAAAACAUGGAGCCCUCAGGAGCAGCAGCAGAAGCCGGGAGGAGCCCCGAAGCCACCACGUCUGACGUUGUCCCCCAGGAAAGGCCUCCCCUCAGCUUUCCCCUCGGCCCUGGAGCGGGGCAGACCCCGAGCUGGGAAAAAGAAGAACCUGAGCUCCUGGGACAGUGGGACCCCAGACAGAUGUGUCCACCGCCCCACACAAAUGUCCUGCCAUCUCCAGCGGGGAAGGAGGCAGCUACAGUGCAGCAGCCACAAAAAGCUCUCUUCCUGAAGAUAACCCUGAUCAGACGAAGGACGGGCCUUCCCGAUUCUCAGCUGCAGAAGUAUCUGCAGGGAAGACUCCGUCUCCUGGAGAACGACAGCCAACCGGCCGUGGCGGUUUUUAGUGAGUUGUCGGCCAGAUUGCUGUCCAUCCACAGUGAAGGACAUCUCAUCGCCAUCACAUUUUGGACCUUGGAGGAAAUCUGGAAGUUUAUAACUUACUAUUCUCUUGGUUUUUUAAAUCCCUGCCUGGAGACUCUGUUGCUGGAUGACUCUUUGUGGCUCUCUUCACCAGAAGAAACUGCUGGAAUUGAGGUCCUCUUAGAUGAAAAUUGUCUCCAUCGGGUCUACAGAGGACUCUUAAUCCAAGAAGGUGCCUAUUUGGGGUUUUGUCCUGAGAACGUUGAUGCAGCCAAUCCAAGAGCCAUUUGCCAGGUGGAAUCGGCAGCUCUAGAGGAAGUCCGGAACGGCCACACCACCGAUGUCUCGGAGCUCCCCGUGCCUUUCCAUCAAUGGUUUCUGAAAGCAAACGCAGCAUCUGAUGGGUUGGCCUGCAUACCUGCACUUCCGGUCACAGAUCAAGCGGCCACAGGAUUAUCUAUUGCAGUGGUCAGCCACGAGAGCGCUGUGCCGGAUGAGAUCAGUUUCCAAAAAGGAGAUAAAAUUGAAAUCAUUGGCUAUUUCAUGAAAUGCAUGCCUUGGUUUGUGGGAAGGCAUCUCUCUUCGGGCCAGGUUGGCUUUGUGCAGAGCGGCUGUGUGGAGCCCGAGGGCUUCCUGGCCAUCGCCACAGAACUUCCAUACCUGGAUCUCUUCCAGGAAGAUGGUGAUUCUUUCAUGAAAGAACAAUCCCUCUUGGAUAACCUGAUCAAGCUCUUGGCACCCACUUCCCAGGAGAGCAUUUGCAGCGUUUAUCAAAUCGAUGCACAGAAUGACGUGGGCCUUCAGAAACCUCGCGAGGAAGAAAUGCCCCCUUCCUUCUUUAAUGAAAAGGAGAGUCCAACUCCAUGCAGAGCGGUGCGGUCACUCAUGAAGAUGAAGGACUUUCAACCGACUGAAGAUAAGAAGCAGCAGCUGCCCACCUGCCACAGGCAGGAGACCCCACCUUUGCAGAAGCCAUGUUUCUCCCUGCGCCAGGAUGGUACUUUGGAGCCAGAAAUUCCUGAUUCGUUAUUGUCGUUUUUGAAUCAGGAAGGCUAUGAAGAUGGCUUUGGGCGCCUGUAUGACUCUCCAUUGUCCUUUCUCAAGAUGUCCAUCCAUGAUGAUGCCACGGAGGAAGAGCUGAUGGAUUACUUGGCUCGAGCUCGGGCAAUGGCCAGACAAGCCGACCUGCCCUGGGCCACGAUGCGGCUGUGCUACCUUCUGGGAAGAAUGAGUGUCCGAAAGUUCAAGCUGUCUCAGGCUCGGGUGUAUUUGGAAGAAGCCCUGUCGACUCUACGGGGGGAUUUUCAUGACCUCCGCUUGGUAGCCACUCUUUACACCCAUCUAACAGGCAUUUACCUGAAACAGAAGAAUGUGGAGAAGAGCGCUUCUUUCCUUGACAAAGCUGCCUCUUUGCUGAUGGGCCUGGCCAGCGACACGGACGGUGCAGAGAUGGCGCUGGAGAUCUUGAAAUACGCCCUGAAAAGAGCCGUACUCAGCCAGAGCAGAAACGCCGAGGCCAGGGCCUGCUUCCUGCUGGCAAAGCAUUGCCUGCGUUUCAAGCAGGGGCAGGAACCGGCCCCCUUCCUGGAAAGGCUGCAGCAGCUGCUGAAUAUGGAGCAGGGGUUGCCCAGCGGCAAGGGGUCCGUGGACUGCUACUUGAAGCUUGGCCAACUCUAUAGCCAGAAGUGCCUGCCACGCCUUGCGCUCAGCUGCGCCAAGGUGGUGUCUUCCCGCAGCUCCUGUUCUCUGCUGGAGCUGUUCAGGACCAUGGAUUUGGUGUUAAGGAAUGCCUCUAAAGUCCACAGUCCCACACCUGGUGGCCAAACACACCCCUCCCUCGUGGCCUUUUACCUCAGAAAACUGCUUCACGCGCUGGAAGGGAGCAGGGGCAGCCAGAAACUGUGCAGCGUCAUUUACUACGAACUUUCUCAGCUGCACAGCCGUUACAAGCAGUAUGAAGAGGCCAUCGGCUACAUGGAGGAGGUUCUAGAGCUGAACACAAGUGCCGGAGUGGUGGAAGACACCAUUAAGCACUUCAUUUUCCUCAGCUGGCUCUACAUCCUCCAUCAGCAGAAUGACGCGGCUCUGUGCAUUUUAAACACAGUCGCAGAAUCCCCCUGGAGCAAUCGCCAGCAGUUGGGUGUCAUCCAUAACAUGGCGGCCAUUAGUCUGAGACGGAGGAAUCAGCCCAGGCGAGCCGCGGAGAGCUACUUCAAAGCUCUGAGCAUUUCCAGAGAGACGGGCAGCGUGGCUAACGAGGCGGUGGCUUUGGCCAACUUGGGCAUCUUGUGCCUGCACUCGUCUGCCCAAAGUCUGGGGGAGCAUUUCCUGAUCAAAGCCAUCCAGCUCUUCUCUGAACUCUCAAGUGGAGAAUGUGGGGGGAACUUCGUGGCCAUCCUCCUCCGGCUGGGGCAACACUAUGUCCGUGGGGCUCAGAAGGAGAAGGGGAGGAAUUGCUAUGAGUGGGCCUUUCUGGUGGCGAUGGAACGCGAGGACGUGGAAGGGCAACUCCAGGCUGUCCAGCACCUGUGUCAUUUCCACAGCACGGUUGUCCCAGAUCCAGCGCAGUGUGUCCUCUACAACGAAUAUCAGCUCACCCUGGUUAGGAAGAUGUCCGACAAGGUGAUGGAAGGGCAGGUGCUAGAGACCAUCAGCCAGCUCUAUCUGUCUCUGGGAACAGAAAGGGCAUGCCGGUCUGCUCUGGACUACCUCAAGAGGAGCCUCGGGAUAUUCAUUGAUCUUCAAGCCAAAAAUAAGGAAGCUCAGGCCUGGCUCCAGGCAGGAAGGAUCUAUUAUGCACUGCGGGAGAAUGAAUUAGUUGACGUUUAUAUCCAGGUUGCUCACAAUGCUGCUCUGAGUUCUCAGGAUCCCAAUUUAGAAAUGGAGAUGCUCGAAGCCUCGGGAGACAUAUUUUUCAACGGAGACUGGGAAAAGGAAAGGGCAGCGGCCUUCUACAGGGACAAGGCUCUGCCACUUGCCAUGAAGGCCAAAAACGGCAGCGCUGAGCUUCGCCUCUUCAACAAGUUGGUUGGGUUGUUCUUGACCUUACAGAAGUAUGAAGAAUGUCUCGGAUACGCCCAGACGUCAUUAAUGCUCAGUGUUGAUUUAGGAUCCUUUUGAUGCUGCAGGAUACUACAAUCUGGCGCUGGCUGCCGCCAUGGACUUGGGGAACAAGAAAGCGCAACUGAAGAUUUACACCAGACUUGCCAUAAUUUACCACAAUUUCCUUAUCGACCGAGAGAUGUCUCUCU